GUUGUUCCAUAAUUCCGAUGAAAAAAGUUCAACGUAGAUUUUUAUUAAAGAAUUUAAUAGAGAAAAACUUUAGUAAAUAAAUUUUAAUUAACUGUAAAUUAUAAUAAAGAAGUUAUUAUAAAUUAUGUAAAAAUCUUUAAUAACAUUUAGAGUAACAGUAGCAGUUUGAUAAUUAAGAAAUUACAAGUAUUUUUAAAGAAAAUCUACAACUGGACUGGUUGCUCGACAUUUUACAAUGAAGACGACUGUGUUGUGUGUUUAUAGAAAAAAAUCUCGCGCUCUGUUUAACUACUUGCGUACUGUUUAGCUUUAAAAAGGCUAUUGUAGUUUGUUCGUUUAUUUUUGGAUGUUUUACAAAUGUUUACGAUAUCACAACAACAACGUCGUCGUCAUCUUUCAUUUUUAAAAGAAAUAACCGCGUAUGCAACGGCAACAACAAAAGUGCCUAAAUGAGUGAUAAGCGAAAUUGUUUAGUUGUCUCAAUGUUGCGUGAACUUUCUUGGUAACACGUCGGUAAACGUUAAGGCGACGACACCUCCGUUAUAGUGUCAUUGAAAUCCAUCCAUCUGGCAGUUGUGGACUUUAUUUAGGUCAAGGUUUCAGUAACUACUGUGAAUGAUGGAAAAAGCCAAAGCUUAUAUAAAAAAUGAAUUACGCACAGGGGGUUUGCCGCCGGCUGAACCUCCACCUAUUGCAGGUGGCAAUGUAAUAAAUCCCUGCAGAACGCCAACACCUCAGCAGCAUUACAGUAGUUACGCUCCGACUGCCCAUUAUUAUCCGCAUCAGUACCAUCCACAACAAUCGGUUGCCAUUGAAUCACCCCACAGGCCUACCAGCCAUCAUUCAGUUGGGCCGGAGCUUAUGGAAGUAGUACCCUUGUGCUAUGUAUGCGGUGGUCAAGGCGGCUAUGAGCAUAUACGCAUUCGUGCUAAUUACCAAAGACCGAGCGAUCCUUAUUUUCCUUUUCUGGAGCGUCAUGAACCGCCCACAGGGGUGCCGCAAGUUACGAAUAAUCAAAUGUAUGUGUUGACAUGCAUGCUGUGUUAUCGAUCGCUAAACGAGCAAUGGGAUGCGUAUGAGCGGGAGAAAAGACCACAUUCACAACGUAUCUAUCAUAUGAAACGUGUAGACGGUAAAGGUUACAUUGGGGCCGAUAUUGCAACUCAAGGGGAAUAUGCUGCCCAAAUGUUGGGCUUAAGUGCUGAACAUUUAACGCAGAGCGGUUAUAGUGAUAUUCAAAAUUCGUACCAUCCGCAGAGGUCACACUACCGUAACGAGUCACCACAUUUUCACCAUUCAUCUACAUCGCGUAAUGGUUCGCCUAGUCCGGCCUUAACAUUACAGCAAGACUACUAUACGCGAAGUUCUCCGUUGCCAAAAACUACUCAUCAUGGACGUCCACAAUCAAGGGGCGAGGCAAGUGCAAUUCAACAAAAUCCGCAUCACCAUUUGACUUCACCUUCUUCCAGACCUGCUAGUGCAGUUGGGACGGUAUAUGAAGGUUUAAAUAUCAAACCAUCUUCUUAUGCUCAUCAUAAACUAAAAAUUGGACAACUAAAUUAUCCCAAUGCUUUACCACACACCAAUUACAAUGCUCAACAACCACAACAACAACAGCCACCACCGCCAACAACGCAUUACACGCCUCAAGCCCAUCAACAAUCCGAACUUUAUUUGCAUUCAACAACGAAAUCGAACGUAGCUCUUUCACCGGUUGAACAAGCGCGUCGUCUCAGUUCAACACCGCAUCAUCAUCACCAGCAGCAUGCAGUCUGUCCGCACAGUCCGUAUAGUUCCGAUUAUCCCACAUCACGGGAAGAUGAUGUUUUGGAUUUGCGCAAUACCUCAGUAAGUCGGAGUAAUUCCAUACCUCCGCCACCACAGCCCUCGUUGUCUACAACGCCGCAUCUAAAUACAAGCACAUUGACAACUGCCACCGUUCCAGCCGUCGAAGUGGGAAUUUUAGAUCUCUCUAUGCCCGAUAAAAAUUCAGCGACUGAAGUUUGUUACGCUUGUGGGGAGGAACAAAGACGUGGAAGUUUAAUGGAGAUUAGCAUCAUGUUUUCAAAAGAUCAGAAAAGUGAUGAUCAUCCUUGUUUUCCCAUCUUUAAUGAAUUACAUCCUAGGCCAGCACGUUCGCGUCCAAUGGAUCCCAGGGGGAUGAUACAAGCUUGUCAAUUGUGCUACGAUCAUUUAAUGAAGCAGUGGCAUCAUUAUAAGACUAAUCAAACGCCAGAAAGUGAAAGAGCGUAUUUUUUACGUAAAAAGCCGGCUUCGGUGGUGGAGCGUGCAAAAUUUGUAUGUUACACUUGUGGCAACGAUACACCAUCCUCGCAACUGAGAUUAGUGUAUUGUUGUCCUAAUGCCGAACGGGAACCGUACUAUCCGUUUAUUAAAACAAUGACCGCUUUUAAAAAUGCUAGUCCAAUUAGUCCGCAGGGUAUGGUACAAAUUUGCUCAACAUGUUAUGAGAAACAUUCUAGUCGUGCUGAAGGAGGUCAAAAUGCGACAACCGGUAGUGUGGGGACAGCAGCGACGGGAGAAAAGGUUUAUGAAAGUAAUUCCAAUCAUUCUUCAUCGAAUCAGCGUGAUAUAAAGCCUCUGAGGCGCAGUGAUUCACGGCCUAAUACACCCACUUUACAACAACAACAACAACAGCAGCAGCAACAGCAUCAUCAUCAUCACCACCAACAACAACAACACCAGCAGCAACAACUGCAACAACAACAAAGCCAUCAAACUCAGGCGCAAAUAUUACAACAGCAACAAUACCAACAACAACAAAUAGAAAAUGGUCAUGGUCAAUAUCCUUGCUAUAUUUGCAAAACAUUAUGUGCUUCCAAUAAAAUGGAGUGGUUGUCUACAAGUGCAGAGCACAUGAAUUCCCACGCCAUGCAUUUUCCUUGCCUCAAAGGCUCCAACAAUUCGAAUAGUGGCCGUGAUAGCAAUUUAUCAACUAGCAGCGUAACGCCCAUCAAUAGCGAUCCGAAUGGUAAUCGCGUGUUAGCCUGUAAGGAUUGUGUUAAUCAUUUGGCACGUCAAUGGGAGACUAUGGAUGCCGAACGUGUUCCGUUGGAGCAUAGAAGAUACAACAUUCCUUCUCCUAUUAUAACCUCAACUUCACCGAAUGGUUCUCGGCAUGGUGGUUUAAGUAUUAAUACACCUCCGUCAACGCCGUCGGUAUCAUCAACGCCUGCUACAACAACUUCCAUUUAUUGCUUCCUAUGCGGUUUACAUUCAGAUUUAACACUGGCACGAGUUCUCUACGCCAGUAAAGAGGGUUCACGUCCAUAUUUUCCUUUUUUCUUAAAACACAACACUUUACCAAAUGCCGAGCAAUUGCGUAAAGAUAUGUCAGCUCUGGUGUGUACCUUUUGUUUUCAUUCAUUGGUUAAGCAAUGGCGCAAAUAUGAGUCUCAAAGUUCUGCUGUGAAUCCUCUUGAUCGUAAAUAUAAUUGGCAUGAUUAUAUUUGCCAUUUAUGUGGCAUUACAACGUAUCGGAAAAGGGUGCGAGCUUUGCCGGUCAAUGAGUUUCCGUUUUUGAAAAAUCGGAAAAAUGAUGACGGUCUCCUGCUGGAAAACGGUGAAUAUGCAGUCGUGUGCUUAGAUUGUUACGAAAGUCUAAGGCAGCAAGCCUCAACGCAUGAACGUUUCGGUGUUCCGAUCUCAAAGCGCGCUUACAAUUGGGUACCACAACCACCACCGCCCGAAGACAGUCCUGACGCUGCAGUGGCUCGUUUACCUUGCGGUGAACGUUCUGAUCGGAUUCCGCUUAAUAAUACCAUGAGGCCAGUGGCUUCGUCAGCCAAAAAGAACAGUUCACCAAAGCUAUACGAUAAAUCUAGAGAAGUACCUCCCAAACCGGGUCAGAAACGCCCAGCCACUAGUCCAGCUCCUGUGGUACAAUCUUCGCAUCAUUUGCAAUCGCCUUCUACUACUACAACCGGUGGCGGGAAUUCCGGUAAUGCUGUGCAGAAUCCAUCUCCAAAUAAUCCCAAUUCAGCUUUACUUAAUCAUAGUCUGCCUCCCAAUCAUUUGGGCACACAUUCGCCGUCGUUGGUUCAGCAGCAUCAACAACAUCAAAAUCAUCAGCAAGCAGUAGCUGCGGCAGCUGCUGCCGCUCAGGUGCAACAGCAAUUGGUAGGAGUGUCGGGCGCUUUAAAUGCAGCUACGACUAGUGCUAGAGGCCCAUUUGCUUCGGCUUUGCGCAAUUUAGCUAAACAAGCUGACAUUAAAGAAGAGGAAGAGGUAUCUGCACGCGACAGAAAUGAACGACCAGUAGUAGGAACUAAUAUUGUGGCUACACCUUCAAUAGGAACGUCCACGGCAGGUGGCGUUUCCAUAACAGCGAAUUCUCAACAGUCUCGUACGCCUUUAGCAAAUGAGCGCUUAGGGACAUCAUCAUCUUUAGCUGUAGCAGCUUCCAAUUCAGACGAUCGCUCUUCUGCGGCUAAAAAGAGAUCGGCCCCUUCGCCGCAGCCCGCCGAAAAGAUACCAAGACUUAAUCCGGUCCAGAAUUCCACAAUACAGCCAGAACUCUUAGCGCGUAGUGGUUUUCAACCCUAUCGAUCUGAUGAGCGACUUUUGCAUCCGGCUGGCCCUUUUCCAUUAGAGGCUUAUUCGCCAUUUGCAGGCUUGCCAGGCAUGCCACCAGGCACCUUUUUAAAUCCAGCUAGCUUACCCUAUAGUGAUCAAAUGUACUUGGAUCAGCGUUUUCAGUUAUUAAGAGCUGCCGGAGCUCAUGCUUCGCAUCCGCAUGCCUUGUACCCGCCUAUGGCUUCCCCGUAUGCUUCACAUUUGUAUUCAAUGUUACCGGGAGCCGCUUUGGGAUUAGCACCUGGCUUACAUGAACGUAUUAAAUUAGAAGAAGAGCAUAGAGCGCGUUUAGCCCGCGAAGAGGAACGUGAAAGGGAGUUGCAACGUGAAAAAGAGCGAGAAUUACGCGAGCAGCGUGAACGUGAACAACGAGAAAAAGAACAAAGGGAACGCGAACAGCGAGAGAAAGAGCAACGUGAGAAAGAGCAAAAAGAAAAGGAAGCUAGGGAACGUGAGAUGCGUGAAAGGGAAAAAGAGGCUCGAGAAAGAGAUAGGCAGCAACUGCUGUCUUCUCACCACUACUCGAACCCUCUUUACAAUCCACUGAAUCGUAAUUUGUUAGGCUCAAUGAUACCGCAUCUAAACUUGGGCUUACGUGCUCCCCCAAAUCCUCUCCAUGGUUUAUCGGGGAUUUCGCCUUAUCACGCAGCAGCCAACCAAAGGCAAAGUCCGCAUGGAGCGAUGGGUUUGAAUUUAGGCUUACCGGGCCUUGCUGGUGUGCCAACUCUUCCGCAUGUUCCGCCAAAUAUGCCACACCACUUGCAACAAGCUGCGUUAGGCUUGACUCAUCCUGCUGCUGCAGCGGCAGCAGGACUGACUCAUCCAGGUUUCUCAGCAGCAGCUUUAGGUCUGGCUCACCAUAGUCUUGGUCUUGGUCAUCCACACAUUUCGCCUCAUCAUCCAGCCAUAACUUCAACUCAUCAGUUACCACCUCAAUCAACAUCGACUGUUCAUACAACUGCGGCUACUACUUCACUCCACACCAGUUUAAACCUAAGCAAUUCCAAUAGUUCUGCCCAAGUGAGACUGUCAGAGCCUAGCACGAAUGUUACAUCAUCGGUUCCUUCUGCACCAACUGUUGUAGUUAGCAGUUCACACUCUUCAACUCCAACAUUAUCUUCGCACAUACCCUCAAUGAGUAGUUCACUGUAUUACGCCCAUCACCCAAGUCACUUAGCAGCUUUGCAUGCGGCCGCUGCAGCCGGGAAUCUACCACCGUCAGUCACACAACCGGGAGGCUCAACUUUACCCCCUUUGCCUCUCACCAACAAUGUAAAUCUCAACUCUUAUUCGACUGCAUCUGGGAAAUUGACCACACAAGCUUCAGUAACAUCGACGAAUGCGCAAAACAGCAGUAACAGUGGAAGUAAUAAUAGCAGCAAUAAUCGUGCUGUCCCCAGCCCUCACGCCAUGCGUCAUCACAUCGUAAAUGUGGUGCCACAAGUUACUGGGAAUGACAAGCCGUCUACAACAGGCAUAGCACCCCAAACGCAUGAACCCACCACAUUGGACUUAACGGGAUCUAAUUCCAAUUCCAGCAAUCAUGCUCCUUCAACGGUAAGCAACGCUGAAUCGAUACGACUAAGUGGUGCGGCUACGACAAAUGAGGUAAACGGUAUCGACAGCAGCAGCGGUAGCAGAGAGGAUAAUUGUAAAGAGCAAACGGAAGAUCUUAGGAAAUCAGGCUCGCCCAUGAACGAUAAAAAACCACCGCCAACUAAUUCACCAACAACUACGGCUGCUACUCCCACAACGGGGAUAGUUAAUAGAUCACCAGAGGCAGCCCAAACACAACAACAGCGGAGUAGCCCUAUCGGAGGUGGUCAACUAAAUGCCGACACAAUCUCCCAUUCAACUGGGGGUGGGGGAGGAGGAACAGUGACAUCAACCGCAGUUAAUCGUAAUAGUAAUAGUAACGUUAGUCCAGGCCCAGGUAAACAUUUAAUUACACAAUUAGAGCAAUCACAAAAUCCAGAAAUAGGCUUAACAACAAAAACUAAUACCAUAAACGCAGAGGUUCAUUUGCAUCAUCAGCAACAGCAGCAACCACAGUCGCGCACUCGAUCUCCUAAAUCAACAACUCCUGUAAAUAUCGAAAAUAAUAAUAAAAAUUCUCAACAACAACAGCAAACGCAAUCAAACUCAAUUAAUACGCUGAACAAAACUCAAAUGAACCAACCAUACUUGACUGCGCCCUUAACGACAGCAACACCACCAACGCCAGCACCACUUGCACCAGUAAUAAUCAAUACUACAUUAACGGCGGCAAAUAACGAAAGUGGUGCCGCUAGUAACACGGUAGUGGCUAGCCAAUGUUCACCGGAUACAAUUUCGGUGACGGGCGUCACCUCUACUACUAGUGGUAACACUUCGCCACCCGUUGUAAGUAGUAGCACAAAUGCAGCGAAUGCUUCGCCGCAAACAAAUUUCCCAGACGAUGCAAUUGUAACAAGUGUUACACCCUCUACAGCUAACACCGCCAGCACUGCCACCACUAUACCAACUAAAGUGAGCAGCAGGUGAUCGUGUUCUUACUGUCAUCGUAAUCGAUGCAACAUAAAAAACGAAUAUUACCAAAAAUUCAAUUACAAGUCAAAUAACGAUACCACCACAAGCGUCAUCUUUAGGCGCAUUUUUCUUUUAAUUUGAGAAGAAGACGAAAUAAUGAGAUCGGCAUGUGUAGAGAGUAAGGUACAGUUUUUAAGUAUAUAAUGCUGCGGUGUUAGAAAUAGAGUGCCGACGUUACAAGUCUUUAUAUGGAUACGUUAUGCUUUCACCAUAAAUACGGGUUUUCAGACGAGUCAUUUAAUCAACAUUUCUAUCAUUAUUCUUAGGACUUAUGAUAAUUCUUAACUAACCCAGUUGCUGCUGUUGCUGAAAACAUUUUUUUUUUUUUUUUACUUUUUUUAUUUAAAAAAAUGAAGCCAAUGUGUCUUUAAAACUAUUAAAUAUUUUGCUUUUUUUAUGAAUUAUCAUUUCCACUUUCUAUAUUAUACGA